UUCCGUUCGCUCCGCCGCAUCGCUAAACCCCCCAUUUUUAGGGUUUCUCGCCGCGACGCGGUGCGACGCCUCCUCUUCUUCUCCAACCCAGAGUUCCACACGCUCCAAAUCCUUAUUCGAAUCCCCUCCACGCCGCCUCCCCCCAGCCGAGGCACGCGCCGGGACGCAUCCGUCGAGCAGCGACCAUGUCGUCGUUUUGGGGCGCGGAGGUGAAGCCCGGGAAGCCCUACACCCACACCCACAUCCCGCGCCUCGGCCGCCUGCGCCUCACCCAGGCGACGCUUGGAGGGGAGGCUGGGAAGGUGGAGAAGGGCGGCGGUGGGAAGAAGAACGUGGUGCAGUUACAGUGCACUGUGAAGAACAAGGAUCCCGUGUUCCUGUGUGCCCUGGUGCCGGGGCAGUCGGAGACUUGCCACCUGGAGCUCGAGUUCGAGGAGAAGCACGUCACGUUCUCGGUGCUCGGGCCGAGGAGCGUCCACCUCGCUGGAUACUACAUUGGUGAUGUGUAUGGGGAGGAGAUAGAUGACAGUGAUACUGGUAGUGACUCUCUGCAAGGCUCAGAUGAUGAUGCUUUUCUGGAUACUGAUGAUGAUGACAGUGGCGCUGAUGAUGGCACUGUUCUCAUCCCAUUAUCUCCUGGAAACUCAGAUGGUGAAGAUGAUGAUUCAGAGUAUGACUCAGAGGAUGAUGACUCAGAGAUGAUAUACAAUCAGCGUAGAGGCAAAAGUUCAGUUGUUAUUGAGGAAAUUCAAGAGGAUGACAAGCCUGCUGCUGGUGGAGCACAAAAGGGAUCAAACAAGAAGCAAACCAGCGAAAAUGGUGAUGAUUCUAAACUGCAGCUUGUUGUUAGGACUCCACCUGCUGAAUCUUUGGAAAGCGAAGAUGAAGAUGGCUUUCCUGUAUCAUUUUCUGAAUCAAAGAAAAGAACUGAUGGUAGUUCUAAGAAAAAAGGCAACCUAAACAACAAGAUGAGCACUGAAGAUAGGAAAAGGAAAAGCAGUGCUGUUGGCGACCAUCAUGACCCUUCAGGGGAAGUAAAGGAUGAAAAUGAUGGAGUGUCAAAGAAAAAUAAAAAGGCCAAGGCCAAAAAGACUGCUGUGGGCGGUGUGGAAAAGGAGAUCAAACAGGAAGAUUCUCCAGCUGAUCUUGUUGAUGCAAAACAAAAGAAAAACAAGAACAAAAAUACCUCAGAAGCAGAAGCUGGUGCUCAUCAGAAUACCGAUAAGACAAAACAUAUCCACACUGAUGCUGAGGAAGACACUGCACAGGAGGCUAGCAAAAAGAAAAAGAACAAGAAAAAGAAGACACAGGAGAAGAAUGAAAGUGAGAACCAGACACCAAAAACACAGGAGAAGAAUGCUAAAGGAAACCAGACAUCAAAUACAGAUCUUACGGGGUCAGAGAGCAAGAAGCAGCCGCUCCAAACACGCACUUUUGGCAAUGGUAUGAUAAUUGAGGAGAUAGAAAUGGGCAAACCAGAUGGUAAAAAAGCCUCUCCUGGGAAAAAGGUUUCUGUUAAAUACAUUGGCAAGCUAAAGAAUGGCACAAUUUUUGACUCUACGGUUGGUCGAAGGGCAUUUGAUUUUAGACUCGGUAUUGGGGAGGUCAUUAAGGGCUGGGAUAUAGGCAUCAAUGGUAUGCGUGUUGGGGACAAAAGGAGGCUCACGAUCCCACCAUCAAUGGGGUAUGGAAACAAAAGAAUGGGGCCAAUACCGCAGAACUCAACCCUCGUGUUUGAUGUGGAACUCGUGAAUGUAAAGUGAGGCGAGAGCAAGAGAUCUUGUAGCUUCAAGAUGCUGAAACUGAAGUGGUCUCGCAAGAGUUUUGUAGGACACCAUUUCCCUUCAGCAAAGCUAUCUUCAUUUAGACACAGACCAUAUGCCUUAUUUUGUGAACUGUAGCCAUGUAGGCUUAAUUUUGGGGGCACAGCAGAGCUUGUCACUUCGAUUUUUCUUCAGUGCUCGAUUUUCAUACAGUUUCUAAUACUCCGUAUGAAAGUAGUGGAUGGGUAUUUCCGCUUUGAAGUUUCAA